CUAUUACCUGCUGUCCAUUUGGAACCCAAGGAACUGUAAGAGGCUGACUUUGCUCUUUGCUGUCUUCUCCCAGGACCGCCUGUACUUUGUGAUGGAGUAUGUGAAUGGUGGUGACCUCAUGUACCACAUCCAACAAGUGGGCCGGUUCAAGGAGCCUCACGCUGUAUUUUAUGCUGCAGAAAUUGCCAUCGGUCUGUUCUUCUUACAGAGCAAGGGCAUCAUUUACCGAGACCUGAAACUUGACAAUGUGAUGCUGGAUUCGGAGGGUCACAUCAAGAUCGCUGAUUUCGGCAUGUGUAAGGAAAACAUCUGGGACGGAGUGACAACCAAGACUUUCUGUGGCACUCCAGACUACAUCGCCCCUGAGAUAAUUGCUUAUCAGCCCUAUGGGAAGUCCGUGGAUUGGUGGGCAUUCGGAGUCCUGCUGUAUGAGAUGUUGGCUGGGCAGGCACCCUUUGAAGGGGAGGAUGAAGAUGAACUCUUCCAGUCCAUCAUGGAACACAAUGUGGCUUAUCCAAAGUCCAUGUCCAAGGAAGCCGUGGCCAUCUGCAAAGGGGAUGUGCUCACAGUGACCUGG